AUGUUUCUGCCUCCUCAUCGCACCCAGGACGAUAGGAAUGGUGAUGAGGAUGGAAGAGACGGCGAUGAUCCAGGCGAUGAUUUCGAUAGCUUUGAGUUCGUGGCAUUCAGAGAUUCCACCUUUGACGGGGCCGAUACCUCCGCACUCAACGAGAAGAUGAGCGAGGUUUAUUAUGGGGUAGUGGGAAGACAAGAGGAGGAAGGAGAUGCGCUGACGUUCUUGUUUAGAUCGCCACAUGUGUUUGCGCUGGAGGUAUUGGAACGUGUCGACGGUGAAUCCGAGUUCGAGAAUGGCAAGGAUGAGCAGCCAGCCAAACAUCAGCCUAUGGGCACAUGA